UUCCUCCAUCCCUCCCUCCCUCUGUCCCGUCUAGCCUUCACCUCCCGCAGCAGGAGCCGUCUGCUCCUCUCGGGCUUGGGAGCUGCCCGCACUGCCCUGCUCUGCCCGACCUUGCCCUGCCCUGCCCUGCCUUGCCCAGCUCGGCCUUGCCCUGCCCUGCCAGGCCCUGGCUCGGGUCCGCUCGGCUCCUCUUUGCUCCCCGGGACCCGUGGUGCUCGCCCGCCUGCCCGGCCUGCCCGGCUAGAUCCCGUGGGUUCGGCUCGGCUCGGCUCUGUCGGACAUUCAGUAGUCCGAGCCGCAGUCUGCCUAAGAGGCUGAGGCACAGAGGUUGGAAGGGAGGGAGGCAGGGCCGCUGCGGGCCUCGGGCCGGGCUCCGCUGGGGCCCCGAGAGGCCCCAUGGGAGCGUGAGGAGCCCCGGGCCCGGCCCGACGGACAAACGGACACGGAGUGACAGCCCAGGGCCCAGGAGAGGUGCCAUCUCUGCGAAGAGUGCCCCAAUUCAAAGCAGAGCGAAUCGCCUUUAGAACCAGAGCUUGAGCCGGAGCCAGAGCCCAAACGGAGCGAGAGCCGCCAUGCCGCCGGGGCCCUCGCCCCCUUCCCUGCGGCUGCUGUUGUUGCUGCUGGUGACCGGGUUGUGGGCCGCAGCCGGAGGAGGGGCCGGUGGGGGAGGCUACGCGCAAGUGAAGUACGUGCAGCCCAUGGUGAAAGGACCAGCCGGGCCCCCCUUCCGGGAAGGCAAGGGCCAAUACCUGGAACUGCCACCACCAAUGCUGCCAAUGGAUCUGAAAGGGGAACCUGGACCACCUGGAAAGCCUGGCCCCCGGGGCCCUCCAGGACCUCCUGGUUACCCGGGAAAGCCAGGCACAGGCAAGCCAGGUCUGCAUGGUCAGCCAGGCCCCGCUGGCCCCCCAGGCUUCUCUAGGAUGGGUAAGCCAGGUGUCCCAGGUGUCCCAGGCAAGGUAGGCAGCAAGGGCGAACCAGGUCCCAAAGGUGAGCCAGGCCUUCGGGGGGACCAGGGCCUUCGAGGACUGCCAGGACCUCCUGGACUUCCAGGCCCAUCAGGCAUUGCUGUUACUGGCAAACCAGGCCCACAGGGCGCUCUAGGUCCACAAGGCUUUAGGGGGGAACCAGGCCCCAGAGGAGAGCCCGGACCUCGGGGGGAAAGAGGCCUCAAGGGAGAUAAUGGGGUGGGCACACCAGGCCAACCAGGUGUUCCAGGAAAUGGAGGUCCCCCUGGCCCUCCAGGACCUCCAGGUCCUAUGGGCUUGGGCAAACCUGGCCUGGAUGGCCUUCCAGGAGCCCCAGGAGACAAGGGAGCCACUGGGGCCCCUGGGGGACCAGGACAAACUGGGGAACCAGGAGCCCUGGGCCCAAGGGGUCCCCCAGGACUAGAUGGCAUUGGGGUACCUGGGGCAGUAGGUGUACCUGGGCCCCAGGGGCCUAUCGGUGCAAAGGGGGAACCUGGGAUCAGGGGCCUUCCUGGCCUGCCUGGCCCUACAGGCUAUGGGAAACCAGGGCUCCCAGGCCUCAAAGGGGAAAGAGGACCAGCAGGGAUCCCAGGAGGACUAGGUGACACAGGUGAGCCAGGAGAGGAUGGUGAGCCAGGUGAACCAGGACCUCAGGGCAUUAUGGGCCCUCCUGGCCUUCCUGGGUCCAUGGGAUUACCAGGGAGGCAUGGGCUACCUGGACCCAAAGGGGAGGCAGGGCCAAGUGGACCUCCAGGGGUGCCUGGGAUCCGUGGCGAUCAGGGCCCAAGUGGAAUUGUGGGAAAACCUGGAAUUGUUGGAGAAAGGGGAUUACCUGGAGCACAGGGACCUCCAGGGCCAAGCGGGCCCAAGGGAGAACCAGGCAUUGUUGGGCUUCCCGGGGGACCAGGUGCGGCAGGAGGGCUGGGACAGAAAGGGGAGGUAGGCCUUCCAGGACAGCCUGGCCUGAGAGGACCCUCAGGGAUUCCUGGGCUUCAGGGCCCAUCAGGUCCCAUCGGACCCCAGGGUCUUCCAGGCCUGAAAGGGGAACCAGGUCUCCAAGGUCCUCCUGGGGAAGGCAGAGUGGGUGAGCCAGGCUUAGCUGGACCUACAGGCCCCCCUGGCAUCCCAGGAAACCCAGGUCUCAAUGGCCCCCCAGGGCCUCCAGGGCCCCCGGGCCCCCCCGGCCCCCCAGGGGGGUUAGAUGAGAUGGGCAUCGCAGGGUUGCACUUGCCCAAUGGGGGGGUGGAGGGGGCAGUGCUGGGCAACGGCAGAGGGGCCAAACCGCAGUCUGGUCUCGGGGAGCUGUCCGUGGGUGUUGCCCCAGCUUUUACUGCUGUGCUCACUUCACCCUUCCCGGCUUCGGGGAUGCCCGUCAAGUUUGACCGGACACUGUACAAUGGGCACAGCGGGUAUAACCCUGCCACGGGCAUCUUCACCUGCCCCAUUGGUGGCGUCUAUUACUUUGCUUACCACGUGCACGUCAAGGGCACCAGCGUGUGGGUGGCGCUGUACAAGAACAACGUGCCAGCCACCUACACCUACGACGAGUACAAGAAGGGCUACCUGGACCAGGCGUCGGGCGGGGCGGUGCUCGAGCUGCGCACCAACGACCAGGUCUGGGUGCAGAUGCCCUCGGACCAGGCCAAUGGCCUCUACUCCACCGAGUACAUCCACUCGUCCUUCUCGGGCUUCCUGCUCUGCCCCACAUAACGGCCGGGGCCGUGGCCGCGCCUCCCCUCCCCACACCUGUCUUUAGUCGUAGUGUUAUUUUUUAAUGAAAAGAAAAGGAUUUGAUGGUUAGAGAGAAGACACUGGGAGAUGGCAGUGGCUAGAGGAGAUCGGCUUUCUUCUUCUGGCUGCCUCUGAAAGAGACUGGUUCCCAAGGAGGCUAUGCGAAGGUGGGACCACCUGCCCUCCCCGAUUCCUCCCGGGCUGGGGGCUGACCAUGGUGCCGGAUUGAAGGAAUGGCCGCUGACCAGCUUCAGAGAUGAUGAGCAUUAAUUCACACUCAGGGCAUGUGGCUCCUGGCUUCCAGGCCUUAAUUGGAAUUGCUCCACUCCUGUCCCAAGGAUUGGGGGACUCAUGGGCCUCCUGUGCACGUCUUGGGGCAGAGACUCACUGACCAUUCUGCCUCUCUCCAUCCCUGGGCUUCUCUUCUGAGUGGGUAAGAAGGGAGGGCUUCUCACACUCAGGCUGCACUGAGGAGUCAAAGAAGUUUCCUGCCCCAACCACCCCCAGCUGCCAGUGUGGGGGGCUUCUGGCUCCACUACAGGUUAUUCCAGAAGAGAGGAAGACAAGCCCCUAGAUACUUUUUGCCAAAGAUGCCAGAUGGCCCGGGUAGUGUCCCUUUAGGAACAAAGUGCAAUAGGCCGAUUUUCUGUACUGCUCACCAACUGCCCCCUAAGUAAUCCAAUAGAUGGUGAAUAGGGAUGAAACUUGAGGCUGGAUCAGGCGUCUUACAGGGCUUAAUAUCGCACUCGUCUUUACCUUCUUUAAUCUCCCACAACCCAAGCUCCUAUUGGAGGAAGGGAAGGGGAAAUGUGGAGACAGCGAUAAGAAAAAUUCACUGCCAAAGGGACUCUUAAAGGAAUAGGAAGACAAGGCACCCCGAUAUGGAGAGAAUGGAAAGGCACUUCCAAAGCCACUGCGUGGAUGGGGUACAGUGUAUCCAAUAUUGGGAUACUGCAAUAAACCUGCCUCCACCAGACCCAAAUAAAGUGUAUUUUAUGGGUAAGGCUCAGGCAUUGUAGCCCCUGCUCCUAAAGUCCUCAGACAAGGUCAGGGGAGCUACCAGUCUGUGGUAGAUUGACUGGAAUCUAGGUAUUUAUUGGAUUCUUUAUUCCCACCUCGCUUUCCUGAACAAGGGCCAUGAAGCAAGGGGUCAGGGGCCCUCUCCCUUUCAUUUUGAUGUUCUGCGUGAUCUUAGGGCCUAGAAAACUAAAUAGCAGAAAGACUGGACGGUAACAGAUGUUAGUCUUGGCAGCCACCUCUGGAAAGAGGAUAGAAGGCAGUCAGGUGGUUUUCUUCCCGACUUCUCAAGGGUAUGUUCACAAAAGGGGCAGGAGAGGAGCUUUUGCUGGUUCUCCCUGCCAGAGGGCUCACUCUUGGAUGAUUGGCUACAGCAUAUUCUCUUGUCACUAGUUCCAGUCUUAGCUUUGGAGGUGGAGAAGGGAAGGGAACAUGAUGGGGGACAGCUAGGCCAGUGGUUACUCCAUCCCACUGUGAAAAAGGAUUUCCCUUCAAAUUGACAUCUAAAUGCCCAGCAGCCCUAUAAAAAGGGAUCUAGUGUUGAUCCCUGCAAUCAA